CGCUGCCUCGUCCUCCGCUCCCGCUGCGGCUCUUCCAAGAGGCAGUGUUCUCCGUCGCAGGGACGGGACAGCUCGGCUCGGUGUGCUCUGCUGAAUAGAGGUGGCGCUGGCACUUAGUCCGGCAAACCCCUUUCUCCUUACCACACUUCCGGGAAAGUGCCCAGCUGUCCCCUUCCUUUCCUCAUCCCCGUCCGCCGUCUUCCUCGGGGUUUCUUUUCCUCCUCCGAGGCUGCGAAUGAGCUAAGCAAAAUAGCUCGGAAAGCCCGGCGGCCCUCUGGGUCUUCAUCGGCUCAGUCAGGAAUGGAGACGCCAUUGGAUGUCUUGUCCAGGGCUGCAUCUCUGGUGCAUGCUGAUGACGAAAAGCGAAUAUGUUUGUCUCAUGAAGAGAGUCAUACCUGGAUAGUCCUCACAGACAUAUUCAGCAUUGGUGAAGCUGCUCUCAGGGGAGAACCCAGGAUGCAGACCCUCCCGGUGACCUCUGCCCUGAGCAGCCACCGCACCGGCCCUCCCCCCAUCAGCCCCAGCAAGAGAAAGUUCAGCCUGGAGCCGGGGGACGAGGGCCUCGACUGUGAAGCUGACCACGUCGCCAAGAUGGGCCGCAUCUUUAGCCCCCACCUAAACAAGGCCACCAAUGGAGACUGCCGGAAGGACCCCCGAGAGCGCAGCCGCAGCCCCAUCGAGCGCGCUGUGGCCCCCACCAUGGGCCUGCACGGCAGCCAUCUGUACGCGUCCCUGCCCAGCCUCGGUGUGGAGCAGCCCCUCGCCCUGACCAAGAGCAGUGGGGACGCCGGCAGGGUCAGGGCGGCUGGCCUCUCCCCAACGCUCACGCCGGUGGAGCGGCAGCAGAACCGGCCCUCGGUGAUCACCUGCGCCUCAGCCGGCGCCCGCAACUGCAACCUUUCACACUGCCCCAUCGCGCACAGCGGCUGUGCCGCGCCCGGGCCCACCAGCUACCGGAGGCCACCCAGCGCCGCCCCCGCCUGUGACCCC